GUAAAAUUGUAAUUCGACGAUUAGCAGAAGAUUGUUCGUUUCCUAAUUUAAAUAUAAUUUCAAUGGCUACUUUGACUGCUCUCACGCUUGAUGGUGAAAGAACUAGUGGUAAAAACGUACGAGCUCAAAAUGUAACUGCAUGCAAGGCUAUUGCUAAUAUUGUUAAAAGUUCUCUUGGGCCUGUUGGGUUGGAUAAAAUGCUAGUUGAUGAUAUUGGGGAUGUCACUAUAACUAAUGAUGGGGCUACCAUUCUUAAGUUGCUUGAGGUUGAACACCCAGCUGCUAAAAUUUUGGUGCAAUUGGCAGAUCUACAAGAUCAAGAAGUUGGUGAUGGGACUACUUCUGUGGUAAUUAUUGCUGCAGAAUUAAUGAAAAAUGCUGAAACAUUAGUCCAAUGGAAGAUCCACCCAACAUCCAUCAUAAGUGGAUAUAGAUUGGCUUGCAAAGAGGUUUGCAAAUACAUCAAAGACCAUUUAACGAUCAGUGUAGAUGAAUUGGGAAAGGAUUGCAUUAUUAACUGCGCGAAAACUAGUUUAUCUAGCAAAUUGAUUGGACCGGACAGCGAUUUCUUUGCCCAUUUGGUAGUAGACGCUGCCAUGGCCGUCAGAUUUCAAGAUGGCGCCAACAAGGAAAAUUACAAGUAUCCCAUCAAAUCCGUCAACGUGUUGAAAGCCCACGGGAAAAGCAACAAGGAAAGUGUCCUGAUAAAUGGCUAUGCCCUUAAUUGUACCUUGGCUUCCCAAGCUAUGCCCAAGAAAGUGAGUAACGCCAAAAUAGCUUGCCUAGACUUUAGUCUGCAAAAGUCAAAGAUGUCGUUGGGAAUUCACGUGCUGGUCGAAGAUCCGCAGAAAUUGGAAUCCAUCCGCCAAAAGGAAAUUGAUUUGGUGCGACAAAAGAUACAAAAAAUAAUCAGCUCUGGAGCUAACGUCAUUCUCACUACUGGAGGAAUUGACGAUUUAUGCUUGAAACCUUUUGUGGAGGUGAAUGCCAUGGCUGUCAGGAGAUGCAAAAAGGUGGAUUUGAAAAGGAUUGCUAAAGCUACUGGAGCCACUUUAUUGGUCAGCCUCUCCAACCUUGAAGGGGACGAAAUAUUUGAAUCCAGUUACCUAGGAGCAGCCGAGGAAGUGACCCAAGAAAGAAUUUGUGACGAUGAAUUGAUCAUCAUCAGGGGCCCCAAAUCAAGGACUUGUGCAACCUUGAUUUUACGAGGCGCUAAUGACACCAUGCUCGAUGAAGUUGAAAGGUCGGUCCACGAUGCCUUGUGCGUUGUCAAGAGAGUCCUGGAAUCGAAAUCUGUCGUGGCGGGUGGCGGAGCCGUUGAAACGGCAGUUUCCAUCUAUUUGGAACACUUUGCUACUUCUAUCAGUAGCAGGGAACAAUUAGCGAUAGCGGAAUUCGCCAAGGCUUUACUCGCCAUCCCCAAAACAUUAGCUUCUAAUGCUGCCCUCGAUGCUACUGACCUUAUAGCUAAGUUGCGCGCCCAUCACAAUAAUUCUCAAACUAAAAAUGAUCAAAAGCAAUGGAAAUGGGCUGGACUUGACCUUUUAAACGGAACUAUUAGGGAUAACAGAGCAGCGGGCGUGCUCGAACCGGCCAUGUCAAAGAUAAAAAGCAUUAAAUUUGCCACCGAAGCGGCUAUAACUAUCCUCAGAAUCGACGAUUUGAUCAAAUUAAACCCAGAUAAGCCCGAUCACAAAUACCCCGGCGCUGAUCAUAUGGAAUAUUAAAGGCUUCGAAGAAUGUUACUAUAAAUCCAAAACAUUUUUUUUUGGUAUUUAUUAUUAGCUUUUUAUGAAGUUUUCUUAAAUGUUACUCAAUGGAUUUGUAAAUUAUUUUUGCAUAUGAACAUUAUUUUUUUCACUCAUAAUAUUUGUGAUAAGAACUACAAUUACAAUUUCUUUUAACUUUUAAUAAUCAUCC